UUUUGUUUCUUUUUGAGUCAGCUUCUGUCCGGUUGUUGGGCUACGGUUGUUGAUAAUCGAGGGUGCAAAAAAUGUGAAUCUUGGGGCUACUUAUUCGAUUUUUGACCACUAGUAAUUUAAAAGUAUCAACCCAAAUAAAAUUGUUCUCAGGAAAUAUGGCCCCAAUUUUUAGCCGAUUUGGGAGUGGAAUUUUGUCUCUUGCAGGGCUCGUAAGAUCUUCAAAGUAUGCUGCUCUUCGAACUAUAUCCAACAGUUACAGUUUACCUGAGACUCACAAGAUGCUACAGAAAACUUGUCGAGAAUUCGCUGAAAAAGAAUUACAACCAGUAGCUGCAAAAUUUGACAAAGAACAUUUAUAUCCAAAAGAACAAAUCAAAAAGCUUGGGGAAUUAGGUCUGCUAGCAGUCACUGUGCCAGAAAAUGCAGGGGGCGCUGGAUUGGACUAUUUAGCAUAUGCCAUUGCUAUGGAGGAAAUUAGCCGAGGAUGUGCCUCCUGUGGUGUAAUCAUGAGUGUUAAUAAUUCCUUAUAUUUAGGUGCCAUACAGAAAUUUGGAACUGAAGAGCAGAAGAAGAAAUAUCUAAAUCCUUUUGUUAAUGGAGAUAGAAUUGGUUGCUUUGCUUUAAGUGAACCAGGUAAUGGAAGUGAUGCAGGUGCAGCAUCAACAGUAGCUAAUUUAGAUGGAGAUUCUUGGGUACUAAAUGGCACAAAGUCUUGGAUCACCAGUGGUUAUGAGGCAGAUGCAUCUGUGGUGUUUGCUACUACAGAUAAAUCUAAGAAGCACAAAGGAAUAAGUUGCUUUAUAGUGCCUAAGCCUACUGCUGGAUUAACUCUGGGCAAGAAGGAGGACAAAUUGGGAAUUCGUGGCUCUUCAACUUGUAACCUCAUCUUUGAAGAUUGUCGUAUUCCAAAAGAAAAUCUUCUGGGACAACAAGGAGAAGGGUUCAAAAUUGCUAUGAUGAGCUUGGAUGCUGGAAGAAUUGGAAUUGCAGGUCAAGCUCUUGGUAUUGCGCAGGCUGCUCUCGAUUGUGCUGUUAACUAUGCUGCUCAAAGACAAGCUUUUGGUGCUUCAAUACUCAAGUUGCAAGCGAUUCAGAUAAAACUAGCAGAAAUGGAAUCAAAAAUUGAAGCAGCCCGAUUGUUAACGUGGAAAGCAGCUACUUUGAAAGAUGCUGGGCAAAAAUAUACAAAAGAAGCUGCAAUGGCCAAAUUAGCAGCAUCUGAAGCAGCUACUUUUGUUUCUCAUCAAGCAAUUCAAAUCUUAGGUGGUAUGGGAUACAUAUCCGACAUGCCUGCUGAACGUCAUUAUCGAGAUGCUCGCAUUACAGAAAUUUAUGAAGGAACUUCUGAAAUUCAGAAGUUGGUGAUCGCCGGUAACCUAAUCAAAGAAUAUGGUCUUUGAGCAUACUAACUGACAUCUUUAUUAAUAUCCUACGUUAUUUUUGUAAUUUAUAAAAAUAAUAGUCUAUUUUUAACAGAAAUAAAGCAUUUUAU